GUGUCUGUUGAAGCGUACAGCGGCAGGUCCGUCGUGUUUGGCAGUGUGCUGCCAUCUGUCGGAAGAUGCCUUUUGUUGGUUCACCAGCAGUCUGUAGGUGAAGCGGCUUCACGUCUCGUUUGAUAUAUCUGCUCUUAUAAAGCAACCUUAUAAUGAGUCGUCGGAACAACGUCCCGUUACCGAAAGAAGGAGCUCCGGUAUACCGACAGCCGUCCGGGAGCUGCUUUUCCGCGAUGAACCGAAUCCCACACAACUACAAAGAAGCAAUGCACCACAUCCCGGCGAAGACGGCACGCCGCGCACACAAAAGCGCGUCUAACCAGGCUGCUCGGACGCAACCAGGCAUGACACGUGCAGGACAAGAUGACUCUCUGGACCAAAGCACUGACGACGGUUCACAAAGGGUUGAAAUGUAUGAUCCUUACGACUUCGCCUCUUCAGACUCUGAGUACGAGAUGCUCCAUGCCAAAAACCACAACACCUCUCCACCUGAUCAGGAUUACAACCUGGAACACCAGGGUUCGUCUCCAAAUAGAGACUUCCGUAAAAAACGCCGCUGGGCGUCAUGCUACUCUGAGUCAGUGAAUCAUGACCGUAGCCCUGAAGCCUCCCACAGUAAAGGUCUCAGUCCAGGUCAUAGACUGCCUGAACGACAGGCUUAUAGCCUCCACAGUGAAUCACUUGAUCGACCGGGUUAUGACUCCAUAAGUAGACCUCUGGACCUCUCAGACAGCCUUCUUCACACCUCCUCCACCCAACAGUUUCCUGUAUCAUAUAGAGGACAGAGGGCCGACGGGGAGGAGAGGAUUAUGUUCCCAGAAUACAAAAGAGAGAUGGACACUACUGUUGGAUUAUCCCCAACCAGGUUACAGCAGGACUAUCAACAGUUGAAUUACGUGGGAACAGAGUGGGACCAAGUCCCCCCUUCCACAAAGGUGCCAAGAAACAGGAGCAUAAAUAUAAUAAUGGACAAGAGCCCCAUCACUUGUGACCUUUGUGAUGUUGAGUUAGCCAAUGGCCAGGAGCUGCAGGAUCACUUGGAGAGCAAGAGUCACUGGGACACCCUGGAGCACAUCCAGCAGCAGCAUAAUUAUGACGAUCUGGCUAUAGCCUUCCUACAGGAGGUCAUGCUUUAUAAAAGCCAGCAAUGCAGCCGAGCAAUAGAGGAUUGUGCACUUCAAGCUCUGCAGGAAAAUGACCACAUGACAAAGAUUGAAAUGUUCCACUGUGCAGCGUGCCGUGUCUUCGUAUCCACAUCUGCAUCCUCAGUGCGCACUCACAUUACUUCUCAGGAACACCUCACCAACAUAAAGGAGUUUCAAGUGCAGCAGAGACGGUCUUGCCUUGACAAAGCAGAAACCAUGAUGAAGGAGCUGAAACCUCAAUUUGAACACUUCCUGAAGGGUGGCAGUCCAUUUGAAUGAUGGAACUCAUUGGAAGACUACACAAUCCUGUAAUACCGAGAGGCUGAUUCAAACAUUAAUCACAGCCACAUUUAAAAGCUGCCACGAAUGUACAGUAUAUCGCUAAGAAAGAUGAUUGUGUCAUCUUGCGUGUUCAUACAAUAUGGAUUUUCUUGUAUCACUGUGCACAGAGUCCGUAAAUGUACAUAUUGUUUUUCAUUAACCUUAGCUUUAGUACUCCCAGCUCAUCACCAUUUGGUCAGUGUGUUAUUUUCUAAAUUUACAGAUUCAAAGUUUUUACAAUUUGUGUGAAAAAAAGGAUUUAACAAACUCAACUUGUUUCUUUUUUUAUUUUAUUUAGAACAACACAAAUGUUUUAAGCAUUGUAUCUGUGAUAUAGUACAUUUGAAAUAAAAUUAUUUUAAACAUUAAAUAUAGGUGACAUGUAUGAAGGGCUUUGUCAGCACUGGCUGUGCCGAGUGACUUUUUCUUAACCACCAUCAGUCAAAAUGUUGUAUUAGAAACAAUGCAGUUAUUGAAAUACUAUAAAACACUUUCUAUGCAUAA